AUGGAAACCGCCGACAGCCAACAUGACGAGCCGGAUCAGUUGAAUCUCGACCCGCCUCAAGUUCGCAAGAAGAAGGGCCUGAAACGCUCCCCUCGCGCCUGUGACGAGUGUCGAGUGAGGAAAAUCAAAUGCACUGGACUCCGGCCUUGUGAGCCCUGUAAAGAUUUCGAUCGAAGAUGCACCUACUCGCUCAAUCCUCGAAGAAGCACGGAUCCUCGCCAAAGGUCGCGAUUUCUCCAGCACCAGCUUGCUCAGAUCCGCACCAGACUGAACGAGGUCAAACAGCGAAAUCGGUCUCUCACCGACGGUGAAUUGCAAUCGCUUGUUGACGCCUUGGAAGAGGACCUCUCUGCCCCCCACGGUCCAGAAAUUGCCGACGACAUAGCCGAGAAUGCAACCCUGGACAGCAUGAUGAGCAGCUAUGGACGUGAUGCCUCAGACAACCCUUGGAACACGAGAUUCUAUGGUGCUCCUUCAGGUCUCGCAUUCCUACAUAGGACUCAAGAGUUUUUCAAUUCACAGAGCCCCGACGGAAGUCCAGGAUCAAAGUCGCCUCAGUCUGCCAUCUCACAGCUCUUCGAUGCGCCAUUCCCCAGGAACUAUUUGGGAGAUGAGCCUGCUCCCGUGGAGUCUCUUCUGCCACCCAAGGACACUGCGUUAUCACUGGUAACAACCGUGUUCACCACUAGUUACCUCGUCUUUCAGAUUUUCAAUGAAAUGGCCUUUUACCAAAUGGUGGACCGAAUCUAUGACAAACAUGUCACGCAGUUCGAGGAAACUGAUCAUGCUUUUAUGCCAUUAUUCCACAUCGUUCUGGGAAUCGGCUACCUUUUUAGCCAGAAUGAGCACCGAAACCAGGGUUGUCGCCAAGCAAACACUGAAGCAAUGAAGCAUUAUCUCAUGGCGAGGAGGCUAGUUGACAUCUCAGACUGUCGAGACCUCCCCUCUUUACAGCUUUUACUCAGUUUUGUCAUCUUCCUGAUAUCCAACGCCCGGCUUGCAUCAGCUCAUGCUUUCAUAGCUUUGGCGUGCUCCUCAUCUUUACGGCUCGGCUUACAUUAUAGAUCAACACAUCAUGCAACCAUUUCUCAGCAAGAUCGCGCGACAAGACGAAAAGUUUUCUGGGCUGUCAUUAAACUUGAUAUGUAUCUCAGUGCCGUUCUGGGGCUGCCCGCUUUCAUUGAUCUCCGGGAGGUUGACCCUGCCGUGGAUUUGACCUUGGAGAAAGCUCUUCGUGAAGCUUCGGAUGGGCUUCAAGCCCGUCAUGAUAUAUCCUUGGCUAUAUCUGCGAAACAUCUGGAAGUUAUGAGACUGAUAACAAAGGCGAUCAAGACUCUCUACCCAAUGCCUGCCGCCAAUGACGAAAACCCCAAGACGGGAGGCAAUAUUUCGAUUCGCAUAUCAAAAUUGACACAGAUCGAAGAGGAAUUCAAGGUUUGGAGAGACGCCUCAUCGGAGAUACUCAACAAAGCCGACGAUGGAUCGUUUGAGUUCGCCAGACUCAAAUACGAGCUCGAAAUGUCUUAUUAUUUCGGUCAAAUUGUUUUAUAUCGUCCAUUCCUUCACUAUUUGGCCAACAUGUCUGAGGGGGGUUCUGUGACCCAACAACAAUCACAAAGGGCAUUAAUAUGCACCAAAAUCGCAUCCAUUGUUAUAACCCGAUCAGAAGCCAUGCAUGCGCAGGGAAUGCUCUGUUCGGCCUCCUGGACAUCGAUUUACACUUUGUUUCUGUCUGUGGUCUGUCUUACCUUUCUGAUCGCGACACAAAGCGGGACAAACAGGCCUAUUGAGGCCUACCGGAGGGCUGAAAGUGGGAUUCGUUUGCUAGCUGCGACCGCUUGCCCAGGUAUGGGAUCUGUACAGUGUCUCGGAGUCUUGAAACAACUUGUCAGACGUCUCUCCCACACCGUUGACUUUAAUAUUGAUCGUAUCGAGGCUGAAACGGCUCGUGCUUGUUUUCAACAUCCUCCUCCAAAUCCCACGUUCUCCGAUCCCAUGCAGGGUUCCUGGGCCGUUGACACACCCACAGGAGUUGAAAGAGAAGUCAGCUCACAGAACUCGGCGAGGUCGUGGGAACUGCAAGAACCAUGGCAGAUCACUGGCUCGCAAUUGCACUUUCAUGGAAUGAUUCCAAUCAACGACGCCGACUUUGAAGGAGCCUUUAACGACCCCAGUGGCACACCCUUGAGUUCGCAUCCUUAUUCAUUUGGAGAUUCGUUCUUUGAGAUUUCAGCUCAGCCUCCUCUCCAGGUGAGUUUAUUAAACUUGUUGGUAUUGCAAGCGAUUGAAAACUAUGACGAAGGAAAAUUGCCCAUCGCAACAUGA